AAGGUCAUUCGGGAGUUCGCACUACUAUACACUAACUACUUAAUCCUCAUGGAGGGGGGGGGGAAAGAUCAGGGUCACACCGACCCGUGGACUUUUCUACUAGCUUUUUCAGGGAAGAGAAAGAAAGACAGUCAACUACUAAAGCAGAAGGAGGGAACCAACUAACUAGGAAGAAAGAGGCUUGCUGAGACUAGAGAUGCAAAGGUACUCAGCUGGUGCUGCAAGGGCAAGGCAUUUUUCUCAUUCAUCAUUCAAAAAAGAGAGAGCGCGGGUGACUAAGGCCAGGCGACGAUAUUCAAUGAAGAUCAUUGGCUGGACCAAGGCCGGUCACGUUGGAGGCCAGACUGCAUUGCGUUAGGCUGGAUUUCAGGUCCACCUUCAAAAGGCCGG